AUGGAUACGCAAGAAGAGCCGCGCAAAUGCUGGAUCUGUUACACCGAUGAGACCGAGGAGUCGCCGCUGAAUUCACAAUGGCGGUCUCCUUGUCCGUGUGCCUUGACGGCUCAUGAGGCCUGUCUGCUCGACUGGCUCGCCGACCUCGAGAACCCUCGUACCCGCAGGCGGAAUGGCGGCGGCUCCAAGAUGCAGUGCCCGCAAUGCAAAUCGGAAAUUGUUGUCACGCGACCGCGGAGCUACAUCGUAGAUCUAUUGCGGGUUCUCGAAAGGCUCGCUGGCCGAUUAAUACUCCCCGGUAUGGUUUUCACACUGGCUGGUACAGUGUGGGCAGGGUGCUGUGCCCACGGGGUUUACUCGACAUACCUGAUUUUUGGCCCCGAAGACGCCAAACAUAUUAUCGAAGAUAGCAUUGACGGCACUUGGAACCCGGGACUGAGCAUGGGUCUGCCUCUCAUUCCGAUUGUUUUAAUCUUCUCCCGCACUCGCUACGCCGAGGGUCUCCUCCCCGCCAUUCCCGUUCUCUUUUUCGCAGCACACAGCCCGGGUCCUGAACCUGAUUUUGACCUAUGGCCGCCCACACCAGCAAUGGCCUUUGCUGCUUUGCCCUAUGUCAAAAGCCUUUAUGGUGCGCUUUACGACCGUAUGUUUAGUGGGUUGGAACGGAAAUGGAUCGCAGAAGUACAACCCCGCGCCGCGGAAGAAAUCCUCGACGACGCACAGCAGCAGGACCAGGCGGAGGGGUUGCAUCGCUUUGGCGACAAUGGAAACGAUCAUGUUUUCAUGGAGAUCGAUCUCGCGUUACAGGUAGGGGUGCCCAAUGACGACGAGCCAGCCGACGCUCAAGCUCUACCUGCCGUCGAGAACAACAAUGGCGCUGACGAAGCCGCCCAGGACGGCCAUGCCCAACCAGAACAAAAUCAGAACAAUGGUCAAGGACUUGAUCUCGGCCGUCGUCAGAACGAAAUCAUUGCGGACACUGGUAACAUCGCCGAAACUGUGCUCGGAGCACUUGUGUUCCCGGCCAUCUCUGCCGCGGUUGGUGGUCUACUGAAGAAAGUGCUACCAACGUCAUGGACCACACCGACCACAGUCCUUGAGCGUAGCCGGCCAGGACUCCUUCAGACUAGAUGGGGUCGGAGCGUGAUUGGUGGAUGCGCUUUCGUGAUACUGAAAGAUGCGCUUGUGCUCUACUGCCGGUGGAAACUGGCCCAAACUCAUCGACGACGCAAGGUGCUGAACUACGAUAAGAAAAAGCGGGGCUCAUUGCGGGAAUAG